UGUUAACUUGCGAAGUGUAUUUUCUGUGUAUUAAUAUAGGGUGUCAUGGACUUGGUGAGUGUAGAACGUAUUAGGAAGAGGAACAAGGAAGAUGAAGAAUUCAUGUUUAUCAUUUUGCCCGCAUUGCACUUCCAUUUGACAUGGCAAAAGCAAGGAAAAAUACGCCACCUUUCAUUUGUAUACGGCAAGGAGCAUGUCAGAAAAUUGCUUGGAGGACACCUCAAGGACUGCUUAGUUACCUUUAGGAUGGAGCCAUACAUUUUCACGUGGUUGGCGUCAUACCUUAGAGAUGAGGGAUUGAUUUUAGAUUCCAGAAUCAAGGUGGAAGAGAAGCUUGCGUUUUUCUUGUACAUGCUCUCACAUAAUGCUUCAUAUGAACAAAUGCAAUUAGAGUUUAAGCAUAGUGGUUGGAGUUUCAGCAAGUAUGUCAGGGAAUUCUUUGAUAUUAUUCCAACCUUAACAACAAGAAUCGUGAAGCCUCUCAAUCUAUAUGAAACUCAUCCAAAGAUAGCUACAGACCGCCGCUUCUUCCCAUAUUUCCAGAACUGUAUUGGUGCAAUUGAUGGGUCCCAUGUGCCAGUCACUAGAACACCUAGCCGUGCCUCUCCAUGGAGGAAUAGAAAAGGCAGCCUAAGCUAGAAUGCUAUGUUUGCAUGUGAUUUCGACCUAAACAUAACAUUCAUUUCCUGCGGCUGGGAAGGGUCGGCUAGUGAUGCUAGGGUGCUUAAUUCUGCCAUACAAAGAGGUUUCACAGUCCCUGCUGGAAAGUUUUACCUAGUUUAUGGUGGAUAUGGCAACACCCAAUUCUUUCUUGCGCCAUACCGAGUGGUUCGCUACCACUUGAGGAAUUUGGACGUGGUCGUCGGCGUCCACAAAACUACAUGGAAUUGUUUAAUCAUCGCCAUGCUGUCCUUCGAAACCAUAUUGAGCGGGUUCUGGGAAUUCUGAAAAAAUGUUUUCCUAUUCUCAAAGUUGGCACAUUCCACAAAAUAUGGAAUCAAAUUAAGAUACCAGCCGCUACAACAAUAUUCCACAAUAUCAUCAAGCAGUACAAUGGUGAUGAAGACUGGCUUGAAGACCAAGAUGAUAACAUAAACCCAGCAAAUUUUGUGGAUCUCCCAGGUGACGAUGAUGAUGACGUGGUACAACAACCAGAUGAUGUUGGACAGCUCCCGGGGAACCAAGUGGAGGGCAACAAUUUGAGGGACCAGAUCGCAAUGCAGAUGUGGAAUGACUACCAAAAUGAGUAGCUAGUGUCUUAUUUGGUUUCUUGUAAUGUAAUGCUGAACUAUUUCGUGUCCUUCAUCUUCUAGCCUUGCAAUGUAAUGCUGAACUAUUGUGUGUCCUUCAUCUUCUAGUCUUGCAAUGUAAUGUUGAACUAUUUCGUGUCCUUCAUCUUCUAGUCUUGUAAUGUAAUGCUGAACUAUUUCGUGUCCUUCAUCUUAUAGUCUUGUAAUGUAAUGGUGAACUAUUUUGUAUUA